AUGCGUGACAAGAUGGAAACCCCAUCACGUCCAAAAGGCAAGAAACUUCCUUUCAAGGCAACGGUUUUGUGCAAGGUGACUUCACAGAAUGUCGAGACAAUCCAUGAUGAGAAACUGUCGGCGGAAGACGAUGGACUCGACUUAUUUCGCAGAUCUAAGGAGAUGGAGCCUAUAAUAGCUGCGGAGCUUCAGAGAAGCCUAAAGAAGAAGCAGAGGCUGGAGGACGAACGACGUCAGUCCGCCAAGUCCAAGAGACUUCUCGAUGACAAUAUCGAAAGAGAAGUUAUAGCAAACGCCGAAUCUGGAACGUUCUCUCAGGUAGCUCGAAGCAUGUCCCCCGUCGCUAGUGAGCUUGUUAAAGACAGCAGAGAAAUAGUCAGGUUAGUAUAUAUAUGCGCAUAUCUGCGUGAUGUGGGCGUCAUGCAGCUUACAAUUACGAGCAAGUUUGUCACGCCACUGGCAUCGAAGAGAAUGCGUCUAGACUCAACACUCCUAAGGAAUGCAAGUCUUGAUAUGGACAAUGCGGACACCACACUUGUCGCAUAA